GAGACUGCACUGACGGAAAAUACCGAUUGGCUCCAAAUAGAGUGCGAGUCCAAACGAAAAUAUUUAAGAGUGUAAAUUGUAAUUAAUGUGACAGCAUUGUAUCAUUCAGUAGGUACAUCUAGACAAAGAGGUGUGUGAAUUAGCUGGAUGUUGGAAUUACGUAUCCUGUCCUGUCGCUCGCUCAAACAGCCGUAGAAAAGGAUCCCCCUAGGAGGCUGCAGCUAGGGGUGUACAGUUACCAUCGUCCAAUUUUAGGGAUCGGGCGAGCAAAAUCAAUGCUGCACAUGACCAUCCGGCUAGUAGUUUUAUUUAUUUUAUGACUGUUAAUAUUACGUCAAUUGACUAUAUUUGAAUUAAUUUUAUUGCAAAGUCAAGAUCUUUCAUCUGCUUUAACCCUUUCUCUACCAGCACUUUUUAGACUAAAUGACAUUGACAAUACAAUCGUGAUAUACUAGUUAUCACACGUGUUAUAUUUACGAUUACUAAUAAAAUCCACCUCCUUAGCAUCACUGGCUGAACAAACAAUAUAGCUGUAUAACAGAAACUUUAUUCAAAAAUGACUUCAAGAAAAGGGCAAUUAUCAAAUAUUUUGAAAAAUAGGGAGUUUAAAUAAUUCUAUUAGAAAUAUCAACAUAUCAGAUGAUAGCAGCAUCAAAAUUCAUCAAAUGUGGACAAUGGUAAAUAAUUUUCAGAGCGAGCGAUUAUAUAAUUAUGCAAUAUGAUUAUUAUAAGCAGUUCUGUCAGAGUUUAUUACUACAUACUAUCUCCUAAGUGGCUGAGACUUUAUUGUGAAUAUGCUUGGCAAUGCUUUUGUUAACAUUCAGUAUAAGAGAGAGGAGAGUGAUAUUCAACUUGCCGGCAUACAUGAAAGAUUUGUCCAAGGCCUCGAAAUGAUUUCCAGUUUUUUGGAAUCUUAUUCUUUGAAAAGACCCCAAAAUUAUUCCGGGUUGAUUACAAAAUCUCUGGGGUUAAAAUCUGAACAUAAAUCACAAACAACAUCUAAAGCCUGGCUUAAAAUGAAAUCAUCAAUAUCCGCUAAAAGUUGCUUCUCUGUCAAAGAUAUUUUACAGACUUGAGCAAAAAUUAGGAUGCUAAUUUACGCUAGCCCUGGAAAAUUCAGCGAACACCAUUUGGCUAGUCACUUAUGUGAUUGACAACUCGACCAUGGAUGGGAUAUAUUGCAUAACCAUUUCACACUCUUGGGGCUAUGCCCGCUCAUGACGAUGGGUACGUGAUAUAUCGUAACGUGGUUUCAUGUCGUCAUGUAAAUAAACAUUCGAUAGCAGUAUUAGCUUUCAGUGAUGUUUUAGUGUCAGUUGUGAGUGGACAAGUUAUAACUUUUAGAUGAUAAAUUUCUUCAUAUUUAGGGAUCUGAGGUAUCAAUGGGGAAAAAAUUCUUACAGGCUCUCUGGAUAUUUAAAAUCUUGGUACUGAACGUCUAUCCUUAUUUUGAUGAUUUUACAUAAUUAUUCAAUGUCUGUGGGUUUAGUGCAUGUAAUACUUUGAUGUGGACUAACUUAGCAAAUAAAAUAAGUAAUAGUCAAUAAUUGAUUGCUGCAAAUUAUUAUUGAAAUCUCAAGUAAAUGAAAGAGCUCAUUGAUAUAUGCUAUUGAAGCAGAUUUCUUCUCAUUAGAUGUAGAAUUGUGUUAACCCAAUCACUGGAUUUGACGGGCAACCUGGGAUUUUGUCUGUUUUGUUGGUACUUCUGUAUUCUAGAUUUGUCAUAGACAGACUUAACAGAGACCCCUCUUCUGUGUACACUGUUUGAUGUAAUCGAUCACUAAUUGUCACAGGAAGUACGAGACUACCAGAGAUAAAUAUCAUGUUGAUGCUAUUAAUGAAGAAGAUAUUAGAAUUGGUUGUCACCAUGAUGAUGUUUUGAUAAAACCCUUCAGAAGCAGCACUUGUUCUCUGUUAAUUAAACAUAUUAGAUAAGAUCCUAAGGAAUCGCACUUUAUCAUGUUCAUUAAUAUUUUAUGUAAUAUGUGUCUAACAUCAGAUGCAGAAGAAAACAUCAACGGAAAUCAAAAUACUGCUGUCCAUAUUUUACACUUUUUUUGUUGGUGUAUUAUACCACCUUAACAGAUUUAAUGAUAAACAACUCCACCAAAUGUUGGCAUAUUGUUCAAAGAGUCUUUGGAACACAUACUGAAAUAGAGUGGGGCCAGUAGAAGAUUAUAGACUUCCAUUGUUACUUGAUCAAGAGAGCUAUUCAAGCAAAUCCAGAAUAAUAUUUAGGUGAUCUGGAUUUCAUAAUGUGCAUUUAAACUAAUGGGAAUUUGGCCAUUUCAUUCAGACUUUAAUAGUGAAAUAUUCUGAUAACUUCAUUCUUUUGGGAAGUUUUUUAAUAGAUAAAAGUCUACAAAGUAGUGUCUGAUGUAUAAGAGUAGAGCUAGAGUUUUUUUUGUCAGAUUUAAUGUGUUUCUUGUGAUCUGUUUUGAGGGGAUACAUAAUCUGAAGGUCACAAUGUAGAGUGUUAAAAGUGGUGGAGGUGAGGAAAUGUUUGACCUUGAAUGAUGUAAAUAAACAACAGGGCCUCUGGACAGCUGAUGGAUUUAACAUCCAAAUAUCAUAGUGUUGCAGAGAAUUAUCUUUUAACUGUAGCAGUUUUGGAAUUCUUUUGGGAAUAUUUUUCUCUCCACACUGAGGGGAGUGGAAACUCCAGUCUUAUCAUUACAAAUGCCAGGAUGCAGUACUAGGAGAGACUAAGGAGGGAACGAAAUGAGAGUGAAUGUGAAGGCAGGAUCCGGUGAUUAUUCCAUUCAAGACGUUAAUACUGCAUCAAAGACUGCAAAUUUUACCAUGUCAUCUGUGGACAAAAUGAAAAAAUUAUUAAGUCCGGGCACAAGAAAAAAAGGACUUGGGAAUGUGAACAAGACAUUUGGUGUGCCACUGGAGGAACUGAUGACAAAUGCAUCAUCAGGAUCAACAGUACCUUAUUUAGUCAGCAAAAUCUGUGAGCACAUCCGUGACAAAGGUUUUGACACGGAGGGAAUAUUCCGAAUUAAUGGCAGCACAAGGAUUGUGGAGAAGUACCGCACAAGCUUUGACAUGCGAGGGGAUGCAAACUUUUAUGAAGAAGAAGAUUUGAUGGCAGUUGCAAGCUUACUCAAGUUGUUUCUACGGGAAAUUCCUGGUUCAUUGAUACCAGAGAACAAAACUCAGAAGUUCAUAGCCAUUCAAGAAGAGAAUCAGAAUGACCCAGCGGGCUGUAUUUCCGGUCUGAAGGCUGAGAUCUCCCAGCUGGAGGUGUUGCGAUAUAACCUACUGAGAUAUCUGAUUCGAUUCCUGGUGGUCGUGGCUCAGUUUGAACGCUCCAACAAAAUGAGCCCCAUGUCUCUAGCCAUUGUGUUUGGACCAAACCUCUUUAGAUGUGGCCAGGGAAUUGUAGGGUUAAAAGACCAGGGGAAAAUCAAUCAGAUUGUAUACAAGUUCAUCACGCACUAUGAUGCUCUCUUCAUGGAGGAGAAUGAAAUCUCACCAUGCAAUGAAUGGAUUAAACAGAAACAGAAAGCCCCUCCUAGACCUCCCCCUCCCAAGCUUCAGGUAGAGGAGUAUAAACCUGUCCCCAAACCUAGGAACACGGUGAAAAUGGACCCCUAUGACAGUACCCCAUACCAGGACAUGGAGGAUUACGACCACAGUGAGGAAUCGUCCAGUAACACUCAGGGGCGGAGUCACAGUCCCCGCUGUAGUGAUGACGAAAUUGCCGGCAGGGCAUCACCAUUUAUCCUAGAUAGUGAUGGUGGCUACAGCAUCAUAGAAUCCCCAUUACCGUCAGCAAGAACGUCAGAGAUGGUAGAGAAUGUGAUAGCUCGAUCUAUAAAGGAGCACCUGUUUGGGGACGACAUCAGUAUGUGCGAGACUUUCGUGGAAAAGGAUCAAUGUAAAGAGAAUUUGGAGAAUGCUGUUCCAGUAAAGGAUCGUAUUAAACAAUUUGAGUUCGGGUCAGACACCUGUGAAAUGCAAAGAACAUCCAAGGUUCCUAGUUGGUCCCAGCCUGAAUUAGUACACAUGGAUAGCUCUACCUCACAGGUACUACAAAAGGUGAAUGGAUACAAACACCAGGCAGAUGCAUUGAGUUCAAAAGAAAAUGAGUUUGAGGAUUUACACACAGAUGAAGAUUUUGAAAGCGUGAGGCGAGAUUCUGGAACAUUAUCAUCACUCCAAUUCAAGAAGCCUUCUGGCCCCAGAAAUCGUCGCUCACCAAGCAGACGGUCGCGUAGCAACUCGCUUGAAGACAAAGAGGAUGUGGAGAGAGACUUCCAAUCUCAAAAUGGCAAUGCUUAUACAGAGGUGGAGACCUCUUCACUUCCUGAAACCAAACCAGUUCCAAAGGAACCGGUCCCCAAACCACGGGUGGCCUUCCUAGAACUCACAAAUCAUACUGAGAACAAGGUUUCUUCUGACAUUUCACCCAGCAAUGCCAGGAAGCCAUUUAUCCCUCUACUUGAUCUGUCUACACUUCAUGAGCAUGUUGAAAGCUCUGAUCCCAUACCAGCUGACAAAGGGCAGUCUGUCUCAUACCAGUUAGCCAAAUCCCACAUCAAUGGGGGAGACACCCCAGACGUGGUCAUCUCUCCACGGAGUAACAAGCUCAUCAAGAGGAAAUCCAGUCAGGACAAUCUGGAAGCUCCCCUCUCUCCCAGUGCUUAUCAGACCAGUCCCCCAACCAGUGUGCCAAUGAAUACUGAUGUAGCUCCCUCUCCACCAGUUAACCAAGAUCACUACAAACACAGCUCAACAAACCUAGACAAUGACAUCACAACCAGAAUUAAACAACAGAGCAAGAAACUGCAUGCACUAAAGAAGAAACUGAAGCAUUUUGAAGAUAACUUUGAAAAGGAAAAUGGAUACAAGCCAUCGCUAGCGGACAAGGCCAGCAAACCUACCAUUAAGAAGUGGAUGAACGACAUUUCCAAAGCAAAAAGAGAAAUAAAGAGACUGAAAGAGGAGGCGGAAAUUGGUAACAGAAGUCGCCAUGGCAGUGGGACAUCAUCAAGUGGAGAGCGGUUAGAACCCCCAGAACUCCCUCCAACGAUGGAGCAGACGCUGAACAUCAUCCUCCUUAAACUUGAUGAGAAGAGAAGGGAUGCUAAACGCCCUGAGGAUGUUGAUAUCAUGAACAGUGAUCAGGUCUUGGAUGAAAAGUUGGCAGUUCAGAAAGCCUUGCUUCACUUUGAAAAUCUGCAUGGGAGACCAAAAACAAGAGAUGAGAAGGAUUUGAUGAGACCUUUGUAUGACAGAUACAGAAAAAUUAAAAGACUCUUGUCCAAACCUAACUCUCCAAGAGAAAAGAAGGAGCUACAAACAGUCCCAGAGGAUGAGCCAAUAGAAUUAGAGGGAGGCAUCCACAACCCAUAUAGACCCUCAGUGCAGGUUCCUGCAUUCCAUUACGAUGACCUUGAGGAUGGCCUUGGUUCCGGUCUGGGGACAAUAGGGACAAUGGACUUUGCUGUCACCCGAGAUUUUUCUGUUCUCCGUGAUACUGUUAGGCCGGUGUCAAAAGAAGUCUCUAGAAAAGAGCAUUCCCCUAAAGCAAAGAGGAAAUUGAGUCUUCCCGAGGAGGAGGAGGAGGAGGGCGGUCAGAACCAGGAGCCAAAUCUUCAUGAAAUGUCAAUACCAGAGCUUCAGGACGAGUUGAUGAAGUCAAAAGGAGAAAAGAAGAGAAUACGCAGGACUUUACGGAACUUUGAAGAGGCUUUCUUUCAGAAAAAUGGAAGAAAGGUACAAAGAGAUGACAGAGAGCCACUGCAGACUGAGUACACAAGCUACAAGCAAGUAAAAGCCAAAUUAAAGCUGCUAGAGGCGCUAUUAUCCAAGCUACAAAAUACAGACGAAGUUUGACUCCUAUGUUGAUGGAUGACCCCUAUGUCGAUGGAUGACUCCUGUGUUCAGAGAUGGUUAAGGAAAGCAAGAUGUUCAAGUUCAUCUCAGAAAACUGUAUCUAGUCAAAAACUGCAAUGACACAGAAAUGAUGUUUAAGCAUGGCAAGGAAAUGCCCAUUUUUCUGUAAAUUUCCAUUACUUUGAUCAACUAUGGACACAUAGAGUGCUCCAGCUUCUACAUGUGGAGAGAUUCAGCAUUGCUGCCCUGAUGUUUUUCAGUUUGUGCAGUUUUAUGUGUAGUCCCUAUUUUGGACUGUGUUUGCCACAGGUUAUAUUGUUUUACAUGUUCAAUAAUGCUAAUAGCUUUAUCUGCAGUACCGUCCACUUUAUAGCCACCAUUUUAAUAUGAAACAUUAACAGAUCUAUAUUUCCUUUCAUUGAUAAUAUUUCUAGAGUGUUUUAUUCAUUUUUUUGUGAUGACCUUCAUCAUAUUCAUCAAUGGGUUAUAUGAUAUGUUACACUGUUAUAAAAUAGUGGUAGUGAGAUAGUAGGAAUUCUUGACCUCAGCACAUGUGUAUGAUCAUAAUAUUAAAAAUCAUUCAUUUGAGUAAAUGAUAGUAUGUUAAAAAAUUAGAUUACAAAUGUUUUUUGGGGGAUUUGAUAAUUAUAAAAUCCAUAAUCACAAAUCUUUCAUGAAUUUCAUUUAAGAUUUUGCUUAUGUGACAUUCCACACAUUACUUUCAUACUUUGUCAGCACAAUUUGUUAGCUGUUGGAGAAGGGAGCCAUCAGCAUGGCUGUUUUUAUGAGUGACAGUAUAGCGGCAUUUUGAAUGUGUGAUGUUUCAAGUCAUUUGUUACCUUUUCCUUGUGAAGUAGUAGUUGUGUGGUUUACAUGAAUAAUGAUCAGUACAUAUAUUGCAGACCAGUGAAUGGUUCCCAGUGAAAACAAGUGCCAAGCCACUUACAAACCUAUUUAAUGUUAUGAAAGUUAUGGAAAAAAUAUAAAUAAGGUUACACCCUGCUACAAGAAGCAUUGCAAUGGCUUGAAAUAUGCUUUUUUCAUAAAAUUUUUUUCCUCUUCAUAAAACAUUUUUUAAAUUUAGUUUCCAGUUAAAUGUCUGUUUGUGCUAUGAAUUCUCUGUGAUUUCCAGAUGUUGCGACACUGUUAUUCAAGAAGAAAGUGUCAGAUUGAAAGUGCCAUACAAAAAUAUCAAUAUUAUUCUUGAUUUUAAAGUGUACAGUCUAAUGUAUAGUAGGUAAAGCAAGUCAUUUGUCGUUUCUUUUUAAUUCAGAAAGUUGCAUAAAUAUCUUGCUAGAACCUUAAAGUUACGUUUGGGAACAGAAGCUUUUUGGGUUCUUUUACUUUUGAUUUGAAACCUGAACCACACUGUUGACAUUCCAUUUUGUAUGGCAAUACAUGGGUCUUUGUAUGGCAGUACUUUUGAUAGAGAUUUACUGAGGUCUGUGGCAGUGUUACAAUUCUGGAUUGGCUGUUGUGAAUUUUGUACAGAUCAUUAACAUGUUCUUUUGUUAAAGUUGUUAUAUAUUAAGAAAGAGUAAAACUAUUUUAAGGUUG